AUGAAGGUGGCUGCAGAGGAGACAGGAGGAGUGCUACUGUCAGAGCAGGCCAGGGGCUUCAGACAGCUGGUGCGCACAUGCCACGUCUUAAAUCGGCACGCCGUUCCCAGGCUUCAAAGCUACGCGUGGCUGGGAGACGUGUGCGACAUCAGCAGCCUGGCAAAGCCAGUUUCGCACAAUGACCGCCAUAGAGUGCAGAAAUGGCCAAUUUCGUCCCUGACCGGACGACAACACAAAUUGGUCGUACCAGCUGAGUCUCCAGACAAGGAAUUUGUCCCCCUUGUUGGAGCUUCACAUCUCCGUUCCAUCGUCGAUGGAAUUGUGAAGAUGCCAGAGGGAAUGUUUUCCUUUGGUGCCAUGUCCACACCGGGGGCAUGCGCAACCCAGCUGCGAACCGAGGCAGCCAAUGCUGUGCUGCCUAGGACACCAGAUGCAGUCUGUGUGAUGGCUCUCAGCAACAACCUGACAUCCAGCAGGACCAUCACUGAAGCAGGAGAGGAUUUUGUUUUUGCCUUGGACUUCCCCCCGCGCCUUACCGUUGACCCUGACUACCAAGACAUGAUGCGUCAGGAAUUUCGUCGUGUUGCGGCACAGCGGACU